UGUGCCGGGGCCGGGCGGUAGGACCCGGCGGAGGCAGGGCCCGUCGGGCGGGGCGCUGUGCCGGGGCCGGGCGGUAGGAGCGGCGGAGGCAGGGCCCGGCGGACGGGGCGGCGCUGCGCGGCGGUGACGCGCCCGGCGCGCCCGGCGCUGACGUGUCGGUGCGGGCGCUGGCGUGAGACGCGGGACGUGGGGGAUGCGGGCGCUGAUCCUGGUUGGCGGCUUCGGGACGCGGCUGCGGCCGCUGACCCUGAGCCGGCCGAAGCCGCUGGUGGAGUUCUGCAACAAGGCGGUGCUGCUCCACCAGCUCGAAGCUCUCCGGCAGGCGGGCGUCAGCCAUGUGGUGCUGGCGGUGAGCUACAUGUCGGACGCGCUGGAGGCCGCUAUGCGGGAGCAGGAACAACGGCUCGGCAUCCGCAUCUCCAUGUCCCACGAGAAGGAGCCACUGGGCACAGCGGGGCCGCUGGCGCUGGCGCGGGACCUGCUGGCCGAGGACGGGGAGCCCUUCUUUGUCCUCAACAGCGACGUGAUCUGCGAGUUCCCCUUCGCGGCGCUGGCCCGUUUCCACCGGCAGCACGGCGGCGAGGGCUCCCUGGUGGUGACCCGCGUGGAGGAGCCGGCCAAGUACGGUGUGGUGGUGUGCGAGGCCGACACCGGCCGCAUCUGCCGCUUCGUGGAGAAGCCGCGCGUCUUUGUGUCCAACAAGAUCAACGCUGGCCUCUACAUAUUUAACCCUGGCAUCUUGCAACGCAUCCAGCUGCGCCCCACCUCCAUCGAGAAGGAGAUCUUCCCAGCCAUGGCACAGGAUGGGCAGCUCUACGCCAUGGAGCUACAGGGCUUCUGGAUGGACAUUGGGCAGCCAAAGGAUUUCCUUACGGGCAUGUGCAUGUACCUGCAAGCGCUGCGGGCUCAGCAUCCCGAGAAGCUGCACUCAGGGCCCGGUGUCGUAGGGAAUGUGCUGGUGGAUCCCAGUGCCAAGAUUGGGGCAAACUGUGUCAUCGGCCCCAACGUGACGAUCGGGGCCGGCGUGGUGGUGGAGGACGGGGUGCGCAUCAAGCGCUGCACUGUGCUGGAAGGGGCCCGCAUCCGCUCCCAUUCCUGGCUGGAGUCCUGCAUCGUGGGCUGGAGCUGCUCUGUGGGGCAGUGGGUGCGCAUGGAGAACGUGACUGUGCUGGGCGAGGAUGUCAUCGUCAACGACGAGCUCUACCUCAACGGGGCCAAUGUGCUGCCACACAAAUCCAUCGCCGAGUCUGUGCCAGAGCCACGCAUCAUCAUGUAGCAGCCCCCAGCAGGCCCUGUGCUCCCAGCUCUCCUUGGAUUAAAUAUUUAUAUUUCCAUUUAC